CUGUCUCUCUCUCUCUCUCUUUCACUUUUUUUUCUUCUUAAUCCCCUCUUUUUGUUUUGUUUUUGCUUCUCUUCUAUUUCUUUUCAGCCGUAAAGGCUGGGGGGAUGGGGAAAGAAAACAAAGUCAUGGAAGGGACAAGAAAAGGGAAAUGCAAAGCAUGCGCAAGGCGGUGGGAAUUGCUAGACCCCUUUUGCUUUAUACCAAAACGUUGUAUGUGUUAUCUUGCUUUUUUUCUUCUCUUCUCCUUCUUCUUCUUCUUCUUCUUCUCUUGUUCUCUUCUUUUUUGUUUUUCUUUUUCUUGCUUUCUGAACCAGGAAAUGAGAGUUUAAGCGAAGCAAAGCAAAUGCAAAAGGAAUGAGAAGAAGAGGAAGUGGGAGAAUGGACACGGUUUUGAUCAUUGUCGAUUCUGAGUCUCUUUUUCCUUUCUUUCCCUUGUUCGUUCUUUGAAUG